AGAAGAGGAGACCGGAGAUGGCGACUGCAAAAUCAUCGACUUUGACUAACUUGAUCCACCAUCUUCUCCGACAUCGCAAACCAACAUCUCCUGUCUGUCUGUUCCUCAGACCCUUUUCCGUGUCUCUAUUAGGCCGUAAAUCCAGUCAUCAUGCGUGGAUCUCCUCUUCUUUACCUCUUCCACGUCCUUAUAUCAGCUUCUCUCCUCUCCUCGUACCUAAAUCCUUCUCUUCUGUUGAUGAAUCAGAACAAGACGAAGACAACGUGUCCUUAGUAGCCUCUCUUAACGAGAUUAACGAUGAUGGCCAAGAAGAUGGGUCGGAACUUACAAUGGUGUCCAUGAGAGAAAACCGAAGAAGCUCGGCUUUGGAGUUGUCUGCGAAAGAGAAGAGAAAGCUUGCUUCUUACGCACAUCAUUUGGGUGACAAACUGAAAUCUCAACUUGUAGGCAAGUCUGGCGUUACGGAUUCAGUCGUCUUGUCCUUCGUAGAGACGCUGGAGAAGAACGAGCUCUUAAAGGUGAAAAUACACAGAACAUGCCCUGGAGAGCUAGAGGACAUGAUUCUACGUUUGGAGGAAGCCACUGGUUCAGUAUCAGUCGGGCAAAUUGCGCGGACCGUGAUACUUUAUCGUCCUAGUCCCACCAAAUUGAAAGCCGACGAGGACAAAAAACGGAAUGAAGAGUAGCAACAGUUUGUUUGUAUCAUCUUUUAUAUACAGGGGAAUCACAGGAGUUGAAGCAGGGCCUAUUAAUGCCAAGACUUUUCUAUUCAGUCGAAUACAUUUUCAUGUUCUUAAAGAAUACAAUCUUGAAACAGAGUAACCCAUUGAUCUACAACUGAAUGAAGCUGUUCUCUGUUCAUUAUACUUUUUCUUGUGAGGUAUACGGUGACUUACUGAGCUACGCAGCUUUCACUUUCUCAGCGUAUCGGCUU